AAUGAGUCAGUUUGAGAUCAGAAAGGAGAGUGUUUGCAUUUACCUUUCUUCUUCUCUAUUUCAAGUACCUCCACUUCAAUUACCUCUAGCACCCAGAGCCCUGCUAGUGAGAUCAUACCUUGAAUACCAGACACUCAGCAGAAUCAAUAGCUGGCCUAGUGACACCUUCAUUCUCAGUAAUUCUGUCAGAUAGAAAUGAAUAAGGUGCGACCUCGAUAUAUUGUGGAUCGGCCCGCAUAUUCCCUUGAGCUUUUUAAUGAGGAAUAUGAAAAGAAGAUUCGUAGCUACCCUAUUGGAGGGAAAGCCAGAAAGCUUUUCAGCUGCUCCACAAGCAAAUUAAAGGCUUUUAUUUUUCGGCUUUUUCCUAUUCUAUCCUGGCUGCCCAAGUAUAAUAUUAAAGAAAAUAUUCUGUCAGAUGUCCUUGGUGGGAUCAGUGCUGGAACCAUCCAGAUACCUCAAGGCAUGGCGUUUGCUCUUCUUGCUAACCUUCCUCCCGUAAAUGGCUUAUAUUCAUCAUUCUUUCCACUUGUGGUAUAUUUUUUCAUGGGUGGAAUUCCACAGAUGGUACCAGGUACCUUUGCUGUUAUAAGCAUCAUAGUUGGAAAUGUUUGCCUGAAGCUUGCGCCUGAGUCUCAAUUCCAGCAUGAUAAUGGGACCAGCAAUGUAACCAUAACUGACACAGAGGCCAUGUAUGCUGCACGUAUGCAAAUAUCAGCAACGCUGGCCUGUCUGACAGCAAUCAUACAGAUUGCACUGAGCUUUGUACAGUUUGGCUUUGUUGCCAUAUAUCUCUCAGAAUCAUUCAUCCGGGGUUUUAUGACAGCUGCCGGUUUGCAGAUUCUUAUCUCUGUGCUCAAAUACAUCUUUGGAGUCUCAAUCCCACCUUAUAGUGGCGUCUUGGCCAUUAUUUAUACUUUUAUAGAUAUCUGUAAGGAACUACCCAAAACCAAUGUGGCCUCACUGAUCUUUGCUCUGGUCAGUAUUGUACUGCUCAUCAUUGUCAAGGAGCUUAACCUGAAAUUUAUGCAUAAGAUCCGCUUCCCCAUUCCCAUGGAGAUCGUAAUUGUCAUUGCUACAACGGCUAUAUCUGGUAGCUUUAACUUUCCUGAAAAGUAUCACAUGAAUGUAGUUGGGCAUAUUCCGCUAGGAUUCCCCUCCCCGACGCUGCCCACUGUUGGUCAGUGGGAUGAAAUGGUUGGCACUGCCUUCUCUGUGGCUAUCGUUGGCUAUGUGGUUAACUUAGCCAUGGGCAGGACACUGGGAUCUAAGCAUGGCUUUGAUGUUGAUGCGAACCAGGAAAUGUUGGCCCUUGGAAGUGGUAAUUUCUUUGGUUCAUUUUUCUUUAUACAUGUGAUCUCCUGUGCCUUGUCUGUCACACUGGCAGUGGACGGUGCCGGGGGUAAAUCCCAGAUUGCCAGCUUCUUUGUCAUGAUGUCAGUAAUGGUGACAAUGUUGGCUCUUGGAACCUAUCUGAACCCCCUACCCAAGUCUGUUCUAGGAGCUCUAAUAGCAGUCAACUUGAAAAACUCUCUGAAGCAAUUGUCUGAUCCAUUUUACCUGUGGAAGAAAAGCAAACUCGACUGUCUUGUUUGGCUGGUGAGUUUCUUCUCCACAUUUAUUCUGGGUCUCCCAUAUGGAUUGGCUGUUGGAGUUGCAUUUUCUAUCCUGGUUGUGAUUUUCAAUACCCAAUUCCGGAAUGGCUCAACCUUAAACCAGGUGACUGCCACUGAUAUUUAUGUAAAUCCAAAGGUAUAUAGCAAGGUUCAACCCAUUGAUGGAAUUACAAUUGUCACUUAUUGUUCUCCACUAUACUUUGCCAACUCUGAGAUAUUUAGACAAAAGGUUAUCAAAAAGGCAGGUUUAGAUCCUGGCAAGGUCUAUUUAUCCAAGAAGAAGUACUUGAAGAAGCAAGAACAAGAACUUAAAAAAAAAGAACUGAAAAAAAAGAGAGGAUCACUAUUUAUGAAAAACAAGACACUUUCACUGCAAGAGCUCCAGGAAGACUUUGAUGGUGUUUCACCUACCGAUUCCAAUAACAACAGCACUGUCAAUGGGACUGCAAGUGCCAUUAGUUACAUCUCAUCCAAAACACUAACAGCAGGGUCACAGACAACAGCAAAUAUUCAAAAUGGCUUAUCUACUCCUGCACAGACACAAGAUCCCAUCACUGCAGCUCCUCCUAUUGUGAACAUCCAUACUGUCAUUAUUGAUAUGAGUGGGGUGUGUUUUGUAGACUUGAUGGGGAUCAAGGCUCUUGGAAAGUUGUGUACAAGUUUUCAGAGGAUUGGAGUGAACUUUUACUUAGCAGAUGUACAGGCCCAGGUAUAUGAUGAUAUCGAACAUGGUGGAAUGUUUUCAGAUGGAAGUCUGGAUCAUAAACAUCUUUUCAUUACUGUGCAUGAUGCUGUACUAUAUGCACAGGCCAACAACACAAGGAUUAGAAACACUGACUCAGGCAAAAAGGCAAAGGAAGCAGGUGAUACUGAGAUAUAUAUAAUGGACACACAGGAUGAAAUCAGUGAUGAUUAUCCCAACCUCGAAGAGGCAAUGUUUGGCAGUAUGUUCCAGACAGAAAUCCAGACAGCACUAUAGAGUUCCAUGCUGACCAGCUGAAAGUUCCCUUUUUAUAAUAUACUGCUGAUAACAGAAGGUUCCAAGACAUAGCACUUUUUUUACACAAUCUCAAACCUUGCCUUCCAUUUUGCUGUCCCAUAUUCACUGGAGCAGUAUUACCUGCCUGCUGCUUUUCAGCCAAUAGCAGAACAAAGUGACUCAGGUAAUUUGAAGAAUAUUCAUAGUUAGAGAUCUUCAAAAAGACAAUCUGAGGUUGCACAUAUAACUUGAAUGUAAGACGGUAUCCAAAAUAUGCCAUCAUUUGGAUGACUACAUGCUUGGUCACUCUCAGUUCAUAGGUGCCUCCUUUUGAUAAAGACUAUUUUGAUCACUUGGAUACUUCCCACCAACCUAACCAACUACACAGAGGAAUGCUUAUUCAUCGCUGGAAACCCUUUUAAUUUAUUAACCCCUAGCAUUUAAAGUAUCAAUUUCAUGACAUCAUCUAUGAAACUGGUGUCUAAUUAUAUAGACCUCAACUGACUGCAUAGCCUGUGCACCAGGGUACCAGUUUAAUGAUAAUAAAAUAAAAUGUAUGAGAAAUAAAGUGCCUAUCCUUUAAUAGGACUAAAGCCACAUACUGGCUGUAAGUAUAUGAUUUAAUUUUCCUCUGUCAAUCAGAAGCUUUGACUGUGUACAUCUGCUAUAUCCACACAUUAUGCAUACCAUUCCACUAAGAUACUGCUAAGAUUUUAUCGCGAUUAGUGAUGAGUGAUUUUUUCACCAGCCAUGUAUUUGAUGCGAAAUUCCGCAUUUUGCCAUCUGCAAAUUUUUUUGUAAAACUGCAGCAAAAAUUUGAU